AUGUUGAUACAGUAUUUAAUUGUAUCAGCCUUAAUAUGUCAAAGCUUUAGCCUUACUGGUCAUUACAUGAAUGGUGCUCCAAUCAAUAGAAAAUUUCAUGUACACCUGACUCGAAAUAGAGUCUGGGGUGUACCAUUUGAAAUAUCACAAGUAUUUUGCGGAGGUUCAAUAAUCAGUGAACGGUGGAUUCUUACCGCUGCAUAUUGUGUUUUUAAACUUCCAUCAAACACUCAAAUUGAAGUUGUAGCUGGUAGAGAUUCCAUCAGCCAAAGACUUGAUCCUAAUCAACAAAAUCGUAUGGUCACUUCGAUACAUAUUCAUCAUUCAUAUCCAGGAUCAAAUGCACAACAUGACAUUGCUCUUCUAAAAGUCAAAGAACCUUUUGAUUUCAAUUACUACGUUGGAAAAAUAAGCUUUGAAAAAAUAAACCCUGUAAGAAUUUUAUCUGAUUAUGAAUAUAAUACUGAAAGUACUAUUGAUGAUUUAAGUAACAGUGUAGCUAUUGUAAGUGGCUUGGGUUCAAUUUCACGAAAUUACACUGUAAUUAUACCAGAAUAUUUGCAAUAUGAAGAGGUAUCAGUCAUCGACAAUGAAUAUUGUAGAACUAUAAUUAAAGAAGCGGUGAGUGGUGGAAUGUUUCCAUGUGGAGUGGUAGAUGUUCCAUCGGUAUACACAAGAGUUCCAAGUUAUGUAGAUUGGAUUAACAACACAAUGGAACUUAAAUAA